AUUAUGUCAAUGCUUUGCGCGCGGGGUUUUGGAAAAAAAGUCAGAAAUAAACAAACUCUGGAAUUAUCGUGGAAAAAAACAUCAUUAAACACAACUGAUUACAGUUUCUUAUCGAUCAAGAAAAAGAGUGCACAAGCCGGGUUGCCAUGGAUCAUGUCGUUAAGAAGAAACUUGAAGGAUUUCUUACUGACAAAUUACCAGAACUGUCUCUUGAAGAUGUAUUAGAUGACAUUUUGCUUAUGUAUGUCACUGGAGUUCUUGGACAACUUGUGGAAGAUGAGAGUUUCGAUGUGGAUGAGUUCAUAGAAAUGAUGAAUGCAUAUGUUCCUGGUUUCCAGGAAAUACCAAGGGAAGCUGUCUAUUGCUGGAUGGUUGACUUAGCUGGUAAUCUUACCAAUGAUAAAACAAUAUCACCAGCUCAAGUACAAGAACAGCAUUUAUCAACAUCACAAUCCCACCUACCCGCCAAUGAUAAAUUAACUCCACAAGGCCAAGAAGAUUCUUCAUCCCAUCAUGUCACAUGUGAUCCUAGGAGCUCAACCAGAGGCAGUGGCAAACAUAGUGAAGCCACAAAACCCUGUGACGUCUCUACAAAGAGUGUGCACAGCAGUAUGGUAAGCACAGAGGAUAAAAGAGAUGCGAGCCAGCAGUGCCCACAAGAGAUUGUCAUGGAUAAGGAAUUUUGUGACAAGAUCCAGACACUGUGCGAGAUAUUCCCAAAGGCUUGCCAGGAAGAAAUCAACAGAUGCCUGCUUGUUGCUAAGGGUGACGUGGAGGAAGCGGCACAGCUCAUGAUUUUGCAUGAGGAAGAGCAAAAAGAGGCUGGUUUGCCACAAGAGGUCGAGCCAGCGACUGUGUGGGUGAACUCGCGAACGAAGCCGCAUCAACCAAGUGCAAAACGACGAGAUAUCAACCUGAAGGACAACAAAGAUAUAAAAAAUUCGCUUGUUUCAAAGUAUGGAUUCGUUGAUGUAGAUAAGGAUCAACGAACGCAUAAACCAACCUUACAUCUAAAGGAAGACAAGAAGAUGACACGUUACCGUGACAACCAGGUGGUGAGUACACGCGGCGAGCGCUACUCUUUGGUAAAAAGUUCUGAGACAGAGGAGGAAAAACGCACCUACGUCAGCCUUAAACCUGCGCGCAAGUACAGAUUCCACUAGUAUUAUAUAGCAUAAAUAUGGAGUGGAGGGUUGACCAAACACCUUCAGAAGAGUACAUAUUGUUCCACUAGUAUUAUAUAGCAUAAAUAUGGAGUAAAGGGUUGACCAAACACCUUCAGAAGAGUACAUAUUGUUCCACUUGUAUUAUAUAGCAUAACACGGGGAGCGGAGGGUUGACCAAACAUCGGGAGGAAAGUACAGAUUCCACUAGUAAUAUAUAGGAUCAAAAAGUCACGAGGCAAGGGGAGUCAACCUGGGGCGAGUAUUCAAAUAUAGCUCCUUCGUAUUCUUCUAAGAAUA